CUGAGUCUGCGCAGAGAGGAGGCGUCACUGAGUCUGCGCGGAGAGGAGGCGUCACUGAGUCUGCGCGGAGAGGAGGCGUCACUGAGUCUGCGCGGAGAGGAGGCGUCACUGAGUCUGCGCGGAGAGAAGCGGGAGCCACGAUGAGCAAAGCGCAUCCGCCAGAGCUUAAAAAGUUCAUGGACAAGAAGCUGUCGUUGAAGCUGAAUGGUGGCAGACACGUGCAGGGAAUUCUGCGAGGAUUCGACCCCUUUAUGAACCUUGUAGUAGAUGAAUCUGUGGAGAUGACGCAAGGCGGACAGCAGAACGUUAUCGGCAUGGUG